CCUGCCAUACCGUGAUGAAGAGCCGCCGGAUCGGAUAGCAAGUGAGGAUGAAGUGUACGACUGACCAUGGCAGUUAGUUCGUCAUGUGCCGUACCGAGAUCUGGUCCUAACAAUCCACCGAUAUCAGUGGUGUCACUUUUAAGAGCAGCAUGAUGCUGAUGAAGCCCAGCCGAGUGAUGAUGAUGAUGAGUCGAGACCAAAGAGUGAAGGUCUUUGUCGUCUUGUUGCUGAGGAGCAUGAUGAAGGGACGAAGGUGUCUUCUUACCGCCAUGACCGAGAUCAUGAGAAUUCGGACUAUUAUGACCAGCGGCGGCGGCUGCUGCAGCAGCAGCGGCGGCAGCAGCCGCGGCCGCAGCACCCGAAUGAUGCUGUUGGUGCUGUUGAUGUUUGUUAUUCUGCCUCGUCAAUUCUUUCUUUUCGUCUUUGAACCUCUUUUGACGACGCAAAUAACAACCAUUUUCGAACAUAUUACCGCUCUCCGGGUGCAGUGUCCAAAAGGAACCUUUACCCGGCUUAUCAGGUGUUCGCGGUACUUUAACGAAGCAAUCAUUGAAACUAAGAGAAUGUCUUAUCGAAUUUUGCCAUCGUUGCUGAUUCUGCCGAUAAAAUGGGAAUAGAUCCAUAAUGAAUUGAUAAAUCUCCGAAAGUGUGAGCAUUUUGGUUGGCGCGUUUUGUAUCGCCAUCGUAAUCAAACUAAUAUAGGAGUAAGGCGGUUUUGCGUGCGUGUAACUUCGCCGAUAAGAUUUGUCGGUACGUGCACGUUGAAGGGCAGAAUUCGGAGAGUCUGGUUCGGUUAAUGACAAAGGAUCUCUGGUUACAGCGGUACCACCGCCUGGCGUUAACGGACCAUAACCCACGGCGCUCAUGCAAGCGCCACCACCGCCCAUCGAUGUACCUCCAUAACCACCCAUGCCACCACCACCCAUCGAAGCCAUCCCCAUUGCCGAGCUCAUCGUGCUCAUAUUGAAUCCACCGGCUCCCUGAGGACUGCAACUCGGGCCGACUCCAACGCCCAUCGACAUCCCCAUAGACACGCAACCCAUCGAAUUUAUCGAGCUGUACGUGGGUGCCAUGCUGCCCAUACUGGACAUCGCGGCGCUGGUCAUGGCACCACCGAGACUACCAGCCUCGCUGUACAGCUUUUGCGACUGGAGCAUGGUCAUAGAGCUCACCGGUGCCGGGGUGGGCUGCUGUCGAGACGUCAAGCGGGAAUCAUGAAAGCCACGGUACCACGACUGCUGAUAAUCCGGUGACCCCUUAAUCUUAUAUCCGCCCGUACUUCCUUCACUUUAAUCCUCACGUCUCACUGAAUCACGGUAACGAUAAGGGUUCUUCCUUGAAGUAUCUCGAUCACGCGACACCUUCACUCUGUUCUUUUCGAUUGAAUCUCUUUCUAUAUCUCUAUCUCCGUCGUUAUCCCUAUCUUUUUCUCUUUGUCCUUAUUCCUUAAUAUUACACUCAACAAUUCACAAAAUUUGCUUAUCAACACUAGGAUCCUAUCCUCGUGUCCUCACACGCCUCCUAUUAUACAGUUCACCGUAGUAUCAGUGAGAAAUUCCAAAAACUAAUGACAGAUCUUCACGACCAAUAUUUAUUCCCUAUACGUGCACUGUGUUCUCCUUAAGCGAAACAAUGCAUGCACGACGUCCGUCGGGCCGGCACGAAGGACGACACUCGAUGACACGUAAGUUGUGUUCACGCGCGCACGCUGCCCUGUCCUCCUCGGUGAUAUGUUGGGGUAGUAUAAUUGUUGUUCCAACAAAUGACACGAUGAUCGUAGUUAGAGAAGAGGCCACGGCACUUUCGCGAAUGUCGCCGACAACGACGAUGACGACGACGACGACGACAACAACAACAACAACAACAACAACGACACGACGGCGACGACGUCGACGACGUCGACGAUGACAACGAUGGUGGCGGCGACACCAGCACCGUUUGUCGCGUAGAAGCGCGCUCGGUUGUUUGAACGGGGCCUGUUUGAAGCCACCUCACCUCUACACUAUUCUACCUCUGUGUGCCGUGUGGAUGGAGGCCGGUUAGCGAGUGUUCUCCGCUACUCUUGAGUCGCCGAGUCUUGUUCAAAUACACCCCACUCUAUGCAACAUGGCGCCGCGCCCGAACAUUCUAUUCGAACCAAUGGGUACCUUCCUGAUCCCACCGUUGGUAUUAACCAACCAAUCGGACUCUCUCGACUCUUCUACCGGUGGCGUGGCCGUAUCACGGAGUUUCGAGAUGCGAUGAAUCGUGGCCGCGACGGACUUCUCUCUCUCUCUCUCUUUCUCUCUCUCUCUCUCUCUCUUUCUCUCUGUUUCUCUCUCUUUCUCUCUCUUUAUCUUCUCCUUUCUCUUUCUCUUUCCAGCGCAAGCGCCGUAUCUUCGAACUUCUUCGAAGUCGCACGAAGGCCGCUUGCGCAAUCUCUCUCCUCUCUCUUGGCCGAUAAGCGCCGCCGUCGACGGGUCCGGCGUCGGGUCGAGCGUCGGGACGGCCGCGGCCACGA